AUGGAAGAUAAACGGAAAAUAGAUAGUUCUGGGGAAAAUGAGCAUGAAUCGCGUCUAAGGAAACGAACCAGAACGAAUGUAUAUAACAUAGAAGAUAUACUUGAAGAGGGUCAACGUCUUUUUAAAGCGGUUCAGGAAGCAAAGGAUUCAACAGGCCGGCUUAUAUCAGAGAAUUUUAUGAGAUUACCUAGCAAGAGAUUAUAUCCUGAUUAUUAUGAACUAAUUGAAAAACCUAUUGCUUUAGAAACUAUUAAAGAAAAACUUAGAAAGAAAGAUUAUGCUUCUACUGAUGAAAUACGGGAUGAUUUUUUACAAAUAUGUAAUAAUGCAAGACGAUACAAUGUAACAGAGAGUCAGAUUUAUCAGGAUGCUCAGCAAAUUGGAAAAAUUAUUAAAACAUGGGGAGAAGAGAUCAAUGCUUUGAACAAAGCAGAAGAAACGAAAAAAUUUAAAAUAGUUCACAAAAAUUCUCAAAAAAAUGUUUUAGAAUUAGCACAAGAGAUAUUAUCCGAAUUAAAAGCUAUGAAAGAUUCAUCAGGAAGAACAUAUUCUGAUAUUUUUCUUGAAGUUCCUAGCAAAAAAGAGUAUCCUGAAUAUUAUCAAAUUAUACAAAAGCCAAUGUCUUUUAAUAUUAUAGAAAAAAAAAUAAAAAAAAAUCAGUAUAUAAAAUUACUUGAUUUUGAAAAUGAUAUAAGACUUAUUUUUGCGAAUGCAAUGGUUUUUAAUGAAGAUGGAAGUCAGAUUUCAAAUGAUGCAAAAAUAUUACUUAAAUUCUUUCAAAAAAGAAUCUCCAGGAAAAAAGAAUCUAUAGAUCAAUCUGAAGAACCUGAAUCUUCUCCAAUAAAAGUAAAAUUGAAUGUUUCCCAAUCAUUGACACCUAAAAUACGUCUUUCAAUUGGUUCUAAAUCCUCAGUGACUACUGAUAAUUCGGAAACAUCCAAAUCUAUCAUUCGAUUACCAAUGUCUCCACAAGCAAAAAGUUCUAAUUUCAAAACUGAAGAAGUGGAUUCUAUUACUGCAAAAAGCAAAACUUUGAUACCAGCACCAAUACCAGCAUCAACUACAACAUCAACAAUAUCGACACGUUCUAUUCCUUUAGCACCAAUUCCAAAAUUAGUUGCUGCAUCGAUUCCUUCAACAUCUCAAACUCCAAUUCAUCUUUCAAAGUAUUCUCCUCAUGAUAUUAUACCUGUAACUCAAUCUCCUUUACGUCCCCGACAAACAUCUGAACCAUGUUGGAAAUGGUCUGAGAUAAAAGAUGGUUCACAACCUUUAAUUUCACUCAUUACGCUUCAUACACCAUCUUUUCUCGACAUUCCUUCACCUUAUCAGAUUCAUCUUCCAUCAUCUCCUUAUGGUUCUAAAAUCUCAACUAUCAUUCUUCCUGCUUCACAUCAUACACUUUUGGUUACACCUACAUUAUCUUCAUCGCUUUUGUCAAAACCUUAUCAUUUUACUGUAGCAAUUAAUAGCUUAAAAAUUGCUCCUAAUAUUUCACCGAAUGUCUUUUUGUCUCGUCGAUCUGAUACACAUUUUCCAAAGAAUACUUACGAAGUUAAACUUAGCAAAGGUGUUAAUGCAAUUGAAUGUGUUUUGACUAUACCUUCUAAAUCAGCUGCCAAAAAUUCCUUAUCAAUUGAACCAUCCGAAAAAGAAAGACUGGUUAUAUUUGUCUUUUUAUAUUGAUUAAUCUUGACUUGUUUUCUUAUAUUGAUGUGUCCCUAAGAUUACAAGUGAUAAAAUUUUAUCAUCGAAGAAUUAAACAUUCUAAAGAAAAAAAAACUAAAAAAAAAGUGCAUUUUAUGAUAUAAUUUUUUGUUUUCCUAUGUUAUAUAUGUUUUUUUUCUGAAUGGUUUCAGCAAUUACAUUACUCUUUACAAAAAAACCAAUAACAAACAAGUUUUUC